UCGCGGGGAUGCGUUACCGGUUUAUAUUUUUUCUGAUCACCUUCUGCCCGACGAGCCGAUUAAUUCUCAGCUAUACAGAGAGCGCGUUGAGCCGUUCGUUGGCUCAGUUGCGGCUAAUGUGCGAAGCAAAUAGGAGCUCUCUGCUGCUCCUGCUGCCGGCCGAUCGAACAACGCGUAUUUUCCCAUCGAACUGGUUUUCAACCGCAGUGCCAUAACCGACUGAAACGGAAGACUGUUUUGUUAUUAGUGAAGAAUGGUGCGAAUAAGCUGUGUUGGGGUGUUGUUGAUGGUGGUGGUUAUCGGUGGGAUCAACGCACAGAACGUAGGGCAGAGACAGUACCCGCAACAGUUCCGACCAGGUCAGCCACUGGUUCAGAGCAACAACCGGGCGACGCCACCCCCGCAACAGCAGCAGUCUGGCCAAGGUCAGGCACCACAGUUCCAGUAUGACACAGCAUCUUUUGCGGUGACGGAGCUUGCCAGACGCAUUGGAACCGUGCUGGGCCAGCAGAGCAACGCCGCGGUGUUCUCUCCCGUGAGCAUAGCUUGUGCCCUUUCUCUCCUGCUGCUCGGAGCGGAUAACCAGACGAAACGAGAGCUGCAGAGCGUGCUGAACUUUAAUCUUAAUGAGCUGGAUAUUAAAGGCGUCCACCGACAGUACGGACGAUUGCUGCGAGAACUAGCCUUAACCAGUCCCGAUACGUACCCGAUCCCGUGGCGGGUUACCGAUCGUUGUUCCGACGACGACGACGAAGACUUUGCGCCGGAACCUCAGCUGAUCCACCUGGCGAAUGCUCUCUUCGUGAAGGAUGGUCUCCAGGUAAACCCGACCUUCGUCGAUGCCUCCAAAGGAUUCUACAACACCAGCAUCAACCUGAUGGACUUUUCCGGUAAUCCGCAGCAGUCGGCAAGCUACAUCAAUCAGUGGGCCAGCGACAACACGUACGGCAAAAUCAACCAGAUCGUGUCCAACUACAUCAAUCCCGAAACGCAAAUGAUCGUCGCCAACGCGCUCUACUUCAAGGGACUAUGGAAGGAAAUGUUCGAGAAGCAAGCGACCACCUUCCGGAAGUUCUACCCGGACGGCCACGCCAACCCAUCUACUGCCAAGGAAAUCCCCACGAUGGCCGUCAUCGGUUGCUACCCGUACUACGACGCCGUCGAACACGACGCCAAAAUCGUCGGACUCCCGUACCAAGGCGAUAAGACUGCCCUCUACAUCAUGAUUCCCAACAACUCGUCCCGAUCCCGCCUGCAGCACUUCCAAAGAAAUCUGAACGCGCAAAAAAUCGGUCAAAUGGUCGCCCAAAUGACCGUCCGUAAGGCCCUCGUCCAAAUCCCCAAAAUGAAGAUCUCCAACACGAUCAACCUGCGAGACGUCCUCCAAAAGCUGAAUCUCCACUCGCUCUUCAACCCCGCCACCAGUGAUCUGUCCAAAAUGCUCAAACCAUUCGGACCCAGCCCGGACCCCUACUACCCGGACCGGGUCGUCUUCUCCGACAGCCAGCAACAGUCCCAGCCCCAGCAGCGUCUAUACGCCAGCGAGAUCAUCCACAAGGUGGAGCUGGAGAUCAACGAGAAGGGCACGGAGGGCGGUGCCGUGACGGCGUCCACCAUCUUCCGAUCGCUGCCGUCGGUGCAGGUGCGCAUCGAUACGCCCUUCCUGAUGAUGAUCGGACACGAUAACACGCGGCUGCCACUGUUCUACGGAAGCAUUUAUGAUCCGUCGGGUUAAGGGGGGACAUAAGAUUAGAUUGAGUGAGUGAGAUCGGUGUGCGUGCUGGUUUGUGAGGAAGAUUGCGUGAAGUCUCUUACUCAAUAAAGUAUUUUUAAAUGUGUUUUAACAAUUAAAA